UAUUAAACCAAAGAGAGCAGGUUACUGGGUGCAUACUGUGAUGUAUCCGCAUCCAGUAAUAUGGACAAACUUGUAGGGAGAGACAUUUUUGGAAACUCUCUGGGGUUCUGUAAGAGAUUCUGGAUUUGCCUACACCCCGACUUUGCAUUACAUUGCUGGAGAGUGUUAAUACUGUCACAGUUUCAUUACAGCUAAAAGUACCAGUAGAGAAGGAGAAAAAUGGAUCCGGAGGAGUGGAGAAUAUCUGUCUGGGUCUGUCAAGAAGAAAAACUAGUUUCGGGGCUCUCCAAGCGUACUACUUGUGCGGAUGUAAUCAGGGCCCUUAUGCUCGACCAGAACCUUCCGGACCAGAAUCAUUCAGUAAGUUCUGGAACUGCUGGUGGGAUGCUAGUUGGCUCUGCCCACUCAUAUUGCAUUGUGGAGAAAUGGAGGGGCUUUGAGAGGAUCUUGCCCAACAAAACAAAAAUCCUUAGGUUGUGGCUGGCAUGGGGAGAUGAACAAGACAACGUUCGCUUUGUGCUGGUAAAGAAUGAAGCCUCUCUUCCCAACAAUGGACCCAGGAGUGCCGAGGCUCGAGUUGUGCUUAGCAAAGAAAGUCCCUGUGGUCUGAAGGGCACUGCAAGGGCCACAAUGGCCUUGCCCCAAGAAAAGCAGCGGCGUAUUGUUCGCAAAGCGUUUCGCAAACUAGCCAAGAUCAAUAGGAAACGCCAGGAAGAAGCGCUUUCCAAAGAUACAUCAUCUGUAGAGAAAAUGGAAACUUUAGUCCAUCUGGUCUUGUCUCAGGAUCACACCAUUCGUCAACAAAUCCAAAGGAUCAAAGAACUAGACAGAGAAAUCGACAGGUAUGAAUCCAAGGUGCACUUUGACAGAAUGAAACGGCAUGGAGUGAACUACGUUCAGGAUACCUAUUUAAGUUUGGAGACGGACGCUAAGGCGGAGAUUGCCAAGAAGGACACCACAACCAUUUUUGCUGAACUAGAAGAGUAUGCUAAAAAGUGCGAGGAAUUAUUGGAACUUGAACAGCGCUUAUCAGAGCAAGAGGGAUUUGCUGAAAAUAUAGCAAUGGAAAUUCAGGAAGAACUGAAUCAACGGUGGAUGAAACGGCGUCAAGAAGAACUGUCCACUUGUGCUAAGGACAGCGAGUCUGUAUUCACUGUCCCGGACUCUGAAGAUGGCUGCGCGUCAUCAAAUGAACAUUUAGAAAGAGUUAAAACCCAGUUAAGCACUAGCUUAUAUAUCGGACUCCGGCUGAAUACGGACUUGGAGAAUCUCAAAAACGACUUGGAUUACUAUCAGAAGUUAUGGGAUUCAAAGGAUAAAGAGCUUCAAAGUUUGGUAGACAAAAUGAACUUUGCAGACCUUGAAGAGGGCUGUCAGACUCAAGAGACAGUGACAGGUGUUCUCAGCAAACCUGUUACAGACGAAACUGGUCUCCGCUGUCAGCUGGACAGCUCGGAUGGCUGGGUGGAAGAGGCGAGAGGGUUAUCUAAAAUGAAUGAUGUGAAUGACGAGGACUCGGACACAGGACUCAGUUCUAUGCACAGCCAGGACUCUGACACAAUCCCCAUAUGUGAAUCCUUGGUGUAGAAUUCCAGUGGUUAAUAAAGCUCCUAGCCUUACCCCCAGAAAAUACUAAUGCAGGUAGCCAGUAUACAGUGAUGACAAAACAGUGCCUUAAUGUCUUAACUUUCAGUCUUUCCAACUUCUUAAUAAACUGCAUCGCUGGAAACACACACACACUUUUUUAACAGUACCAGAGUUUUCAAAUCCCCAGUAUUGGAUCCUGCAUACCCAUAAGCACAUAUUUUCAAGUAGGAGGCAGUGCUGAAUCAGGGUCACUAAAACAGAUGCCUUCCUGACAGCCUUCAGAAGCCAGACACACAUUUUUACUUUUGAUAAUAUUUUUGUAAAGCAAAACAACUAAUAAAACGCAUAUUGUGUAGCUAUGCUGAUGAUUUAUUGCGUUGAUUCAUAUGCAAAGUGUUAAUUUUCUGCUGUAUAUAUUUUUUUCAAAUGUCUUACAUUCAGUGAAUGGAAGUUGCAGUCAGCUGUACUUUUCUUUGGUGCCUUUAUUGGAUUACUUCAGUUGUAGAGAAUGCACUGCACAUUUUUACAUAAGAUAUAGUAAGGCUGUGCAAGCACAAUUUGAUACAGCAACACUUUCCGAAGCUGUGUUAUGAGCACCUGUCAGGCCACUGAGCUUUAAGAAUAUUUAAGCAGCAUACUGAAAGAAACUGUAUAAGGAGCUGAAUGUACAAAAAUGCAAUGUCCAGAAAGCAGUAACACAACAUACUACCUGAAAAAUGAAAAUAAAUUCUUGUUUCAGUGCACUCAUGCAAAAAGUAUAAUGAGGCACUAAACAUGUCUCUCAGCAGCACUGAGACUACCACUUGUGGCAUAGCAAUUAGGAAAUCACUGCAUCUUGCAUACUGUUUGUUUCUGAAAUCACAGUGAAGAGACAGCAUAAAACAUGGAUAUUGUAUGCAGGAUUAAAACUAAAUAAAUAUUUUACUACUGUAUAGGUAUACAUAUUUCAGAAAUCAAUCAUUUGCUCCACUUGGAAAAAAAUACAGCAUUUAUGUAUACUGCUAGUCCUUUAUGCUGUUUUUUUUUCAUUGUUUGUAACAUUGUUUACUUCUGGGAGGUAGAGUAUGUAACUCUGUACUUGUGUGUAAUGUUUAUAAAUGGCAGCUAACACUCUUACUACAAUAGUAAGCUUUGACUUGUUUAUAAAGGGCAGCUAACAGUCUCUUACUACAAAAGUAAGCUUUGACUUAGGGCUAAAUAUUUCAGUGCAGAUGUGAGUCACCAUUUGCAAUGUUGUGUAAUGAGUCCUCAAAGUCAUUUUUCCCUUGAAAGGCAUAUAUUAUUUCUGCUAAAGUAAGACCAUAGCGCACAUCAGCAAAUUCUUUGAAUGACUGUGAAUUAGGAAGAGAAGUAAUGCGGUUAAAAUUCCAGAAGUGAGAGGGUAAAUCUUUGUUAGAAUCCUAAGGGCAAAUGCUGCUGGGGGUUAUGCAACCUGGAUGGUGGGUCACAUUCAGUGCAGUAACAGGUUAGUAGCUAAAUCUGGUUAAAACUUCUGCUGCUAGCACAAUUGAUUUUGUUCAUUUUCUCCAUCACAGAGCUGCAGUUACAUAGUGAUUCUAAGCAUCCCCAUAUAGUAACUUCUUGCGUCCUUCUAGUAGAUCUUUUUCUGCACAAUAAACUAAGGAAGUCUUGGGUUUUGGCUCUUAGUUUGAGACCUCAUAUAUUUCUUUAAACACAUUCUGUGAUGUUACUGGAUUUUCAAUGUACUUUGAACAAGCUGCAUACAUCCUUGGAUUCUGCAUUAGGUCGAAUAAAAUGAUUACUGGCCUCUCUCCAGUAAACUGAAGAGGGAAUCUUACUGGAACUUUACUUGUGCUUAGGGAACAGUUGAAUUUAAUGCAUGAAUGUGGUACUAGAAGCUACUUGACAUUCUUUCCUAAAUGUAAUCUGAAGUAGACUAUGAAGACUUGCUGUUAGGUUAAAAUGUCACUCUGCAAGUCUGCUUGGGUGAAAUGAAAGCGCAGAACUUUUUGAAAAUGUGACACUGGUGACUAUUAUCUGAACAUUUACAACUUCUUUAACCCUGUGCUGUGGCUUGUAAAUUUAUUCAAAACAGUGCUGUUGAGAGGGUCUUUGCUGAAAAUGGGCUGCUGGCCCUUUCGGACACAACCCGGUAAUCAAAUGUAAUAAAUAAAAAUAAAUAAAUAAAAAGGAGCAAUAACCACUCCAGAUGUAUGUAUUAGACAAUAGAAAAAUGUGCAAAAACAGUGGAGUGCCAUAGUGGACAUAUUCAAGAAGGAUAAAUGAAGGAAAGUAGAAACAUUAAUAAAAGGAAGCAGCAGUGGAAGAUCCAGAGCCUAAUAAGGCACGCUGAAUGAGGACAAUGAUGGACUGCACGCUGGAGAAAAUCAGUCCAGAAAGACAUAGUAACAACAUAGAAUUUAAGGAGUGAGGAAUGUAGGUGAAGGAAAGAGAAGGGGAAUAAAAGGGAAUGAAAAAAUGGAAAGUGACAUAAUUUUAUGUAGAUGUACAAGAAGUGGAUUUACUAUUAUGUCUCACUUAACUGACAUGACUAUUCAACCCCCCCCCCCCCCAAACAUCUCAAACCUUAGCUGGUCACUAGUCAACACAGUGACAAUCCCACACCACUGAUACAUACAUAUAAGUCCGAAGUUGCUUAAACUUGGGAGUAGAUGGAGAAAGCGAUUAAAUGCAGUGCUCAUCUUAUUCUUCUCUGACUGUAACUACCGUUACAAAAUGCUUGCAGGUUUCCAGUGACGGUAUUCCGAGUGUUGAUCAUAUUGGAUGCAGAAAAACAGUAGGUACCCACAAGAAAUAUUUCAUAGAUAAAGUAGAUGUGGAUGAAGCAGGCACAGGUAAAUAUUAGAUUACAGCAGAUGAGAACACACACCAGGUUAUGCUUUACAGUUGUGAACAUGUAUUUAGUUGUUGUUGUUUGUCUUUCGGCUUUUCCCGGUUAGGGGUUGCCACAGCGGAACUCCAGUCCGCUAAUGAUUGGCAGUUGUUUUUUAUGAUAUCGAGUUGUCAGCCUGACGCCCAACCUUCAAUGAAGGCACGCCCAUUCAACGCAUGUCUUUCGAAUGCCCACUCGACCAUGUAUUUAGUAGGGAAUAAAAAUAUUCUGCUUUGAGCCACAGUUUAUAUGUUUCUGUUGGGCAGCAGUCUAGCUUUAGUGAUGAAUAAAAUAAAUGAAAUUUUAUGAAAUAAGUGUAAGGUAGAAGAAGAUGUAAUCACAUGGUUAUGAUAAUUAUAAAUGAAGAUAAAGACAGCAGGAGAAAAAAUAAAUCCUACAUGGUAAUAAAACGGGCUUAAGAUAGAAGGAAGUGGGAGUAUGAUAAAGUGUUGGCUAAACUACACAACAGUGUGCCGUUGGGUUUACUAAAUGUAUACAUGCAUGAUCAUGUGUGAUUCCUACCACUGAGUAAACUGAGAAAGUGUGAACCACGGUACUGCUUAAACAAAUACACAUCCCAGCAAACUGAAACAGCGUAGCAAAAGUAACACAGUAAAAUCACCUUGUAGAAUUUCCAUAUCCAUCUUAUUUUACAACUGGAGCAUGCAUAACUUGUGUAAACACAUACUUCCUAAUAUUUGCAUAUUUAAACAUUACAACAGAAAAUACAGAAAGCUUAUACUUCCUGAAUUUAUUUACAAAUGCUAAUAACCUCAAAUAAUUAAGUGGCAGCCUUUUAAAAUGUUUUAUUGUGGUUAUGUUAGCCAGCAAAUUGCCUGUUUUUUUUUUUUUUUUUUUGCUAGCACUGGCCUGCAGGUCUACUUCUGGGUUUGAUUUCAUCAGUUACUGUUUUCUUGUCGUAUAACUGGAGAAAGUCUUUUAAAUACACAGCAUUCCUGGAUUUCUCCUGCAAAGAGUGCCUAUGUUUACAUGGUUAACGAGUAAAUAAAUCCAUCAAUAAAUAAGUAAAAUUCAUUGUCAGAUAUUUUUCUUCACAGCUCUCAACCUUUUGCCUUCAGAUUUAGGGACAAAGUAAAACAUUGUUAUGGAAAAAAGCCUGAGUUUAAAAAUGCUGGUACAGUUAACUUAGAAUGUUUCAAAAAAAUCUAAUUUUUGGAGGGAUGGAGCAAACAUUUUUGCAGACUAGAACUUUCAACAUAGUCAGAGAUAGUAGCUGGUGAGGAAGGAACAAAUACAACAUUGUGACAAAGUUGACACUGCAUAUUUUUUAGUGCAGUGAUUUUCAACUAACUAUGACCUUUAUUGAGUAGGUUUGUUACUUUUUUAAACACUGUAAAACUAUUCUGCAUAGUUACCUUUUUUCAGGGCAACUCCAGGGUAAGGUCUGGUUAAGUGACUUGCUUACACUCUCCCAGUUGGUGAAUAGUGACAGAGAAAUCAGAUGCAGGAUAAGAAGAUGAAACUCAUUGUAUUAAUCCUCUAGAGUAAAGUGAUAACUAUUGAUUUCUAUUACAUUUGGUUUAAGGAGAGUUCUGCCUCUACAUUUAUGGUCUUCCCUAGCUGACUGUUCUUCAGGGUGAUCACACACACUGGGCAUGCAGAUGUCUUUUAAUUGUCCACAUGACCUGCAAAUCUUGGGAAAUAUUCUAGUGCCUGCAGGAGUGUAUGAAUUACAAUGCAUCUGUUCACUCCUGUGAUAGCCCUGAGUGUGAGUAAAGUUGUGUUAGUCCUAAAUGUGAAAAAAGUUAUGUUAUCUAAUUUUUCCUUAUUCUUGUAGAAUCAAACAACAUAGCAGACCUCUCAGCUUUAUUAUGCGUGUACAGAUUGCUUUUUUAAGUAAGUAGUAAUGUAUGUGGAGUGGUACUCAGUUCCAGAUGAUUCAUGUUUCCAGCUCCUCACAGGAGAAACAUCAGGGCAUGAAACUGGAAAAUAACUAAAACAGAAUGCGCAAUCAUUGAUUGACAGUUUAGACGCUGGUGUAGUGUGUGUGUGUGUGUGUAUACACACAUACACACACACACACACACACACACACGCGCGCACACCCACAUGUGCACACAUAUAAUGUAUGUAUAUGUGCAGGUAUGCAGAUACACACCCACAUGCAAUGUGUUUUGUAGCAGAAGCAGUGACAUUAAUAAUUUCUAGAUGUAUCACCUAAAUGAUGUACAGCUCACAUGAAGAAUUGAAUCCAGUUUUAGAUUAUCUUACAUCACUGCAUUUUAUUAAGUUUAUGAUUUGUGUUAAAACAGGUAGAGAGAGAAAGUUUGGUUCCUUAUACUGUUACAUCUUUUAAAACUGUUGCAUCAUUUGAGCAAUAAUAUUUAGAGAAAACCACUACCACAUGUUCAGGAUAAAGAAACACUCUCAUUGUAUGUGUUGGGAAAAAGGGGAGAAAGAGUUUCUCUCAGUGGAUCUAGUUCUUCAGACUAAUACUUAAUACCAAGGAAACUUGAAUAUGUGGUUGUAUUGACUAAGGUUGCCUGAGGAGAAAUGUAACAGGCUGCUGGCAUUCCUUUCUAAUGUAUACAUUGAUAUGCUUUGACACAGUGUACCUCAGAUGACUAAUGUGGUAAUUUGUAACCAGUGACUAAUGUUCUGUAUUCUUGGACAUUAUUAAAACAAACUACUGUAAAAUGGUA